AUGUCGAAGGAGGUGGAUAAGUUUGAACAAAGUUAUUUGUCUCUUCAUGGAAAAAUCGAUGUUGUUUCUAAGACUAUCAGGAAACUUCUGGAAAAUUAUACUUCAUUCUCAACCAAGGAUUCACAAGUGUUUACCAAGAUGGAAGAAUUUGUGGGAAGCUUGAAGGAGUCAAUUUUGAAGAUGGAUACUUGUCACAUAUAUUAUGUUUCUCAGGAGUCUUUAUCCCAUAUGAUUUCUUCAUUCAAAUCCAAUCUUAAAGCUGAGCUUGCUCCUCGCCUAAAGCUUGUUAAUUUGAUGCCAACAGAUGCCCCACCUAUCAAAAUAGUGAUGCAAGGGGGAAAAAAGGGGGUUGGCUCAUCAGAGGAUCCUACUCAUGGGAAGGUUGUGGGGAAGGUAAUAAAAACGUAA